AUGGUCCAAUACCUCGUCGACUCAUGUGGCUUCGACCAGGAGAAGGCCACCGAGGCCUCGAAGCUUCUCAAGGGCAUCCAAUCCCGGCAGCAGCCCGACUCCGUCCUUGCUUUCCUCAAAAGUUACGGCUUCGAUGACGCAUCAGUGAAAAAGCUCCUACGUUAUUCACCCAAAUGUCUUCUUUUGGACGUAGAGAAGACACUUGCGCCAAAGUUCCGAGCUUUCGAAGAUCUGGGUCUCUCCCCAUCCGACAUCGUCCACCUCGUCCGGUCGAAUCCCCGUACCGUCAGAAUCAAACAUGAACGCACUGUGCCUAAGAUCGAAUUUUGGCAAGGCCUUCUCGGGUCCAAGGAUGCGCUGGUGAAGUUGUUCAAGAGAAACCGUGCGAUUCUUUCGUACAGUAUCGAGAAGAAGAUCCAGCCCAACCUUGAGUUGCUCCGGGAAUGCGGCUUGGACGGCCCAAAGCAUACCUCUGUGUUGCGGUACUGCCCACAGAUCGCGGCACAGAAUGCUGAUUUCUUGAAGACCUUGAUCAGUCGCGCGGAGGACUUGGGAUCCAGAGAAGUUCAAGAUGCAAAUGGAAUUGUUCCGGAGCUUCGGGUGGUCAGAGGACAAUUUUGUUGCGGCAUUCCAAAAGUGUCCUACCUUCACACAAGGGUCUUUGACGACAUUGCAGAGAAAAAUGGAGUUUUUGAUAAAUGA